UCUCUUUCUCCUGCCGCUGCUGUAACCCUCUCUUUUUUUUUUUUCGGCAGGAGAACCAGAGCUUCUCUCUAUAAAUGCCUUCGCUUCUCCUAUCUGACCCUUUACUCUCUGACGAAUCCAAAGACAAGAAGAAGAAGGAUAAGAAGAUGUCGAAUACGGUUCUUCAAACCCUAGAAAUUGAUUCCAUCAAGAAGAAGAAGAACAAGAAGCGAGAAUCAGAAGCUCAAGAAAUCAACGGCUCUGAUUCUUCCGAAGGAUCGUCCGACAAGAACAGGAAGAUCAAGAAGAAGAAGAGGAAGGCUUCCGAGGAAGAAGAGAAAAGCGAAACGAGUACUGAAUUAGGAGAGUCGGUUGACCGGAAAGCCGUCAGUGGAUCGACGAAGAAGCCGAGGUUCGGGGAGAAGGAGAAGGGGCGUUUGACGGACGAGGAAGGAGAGGUGAUUGCGGAUGGAGAUGUCAAGAAAGUAGCGGAUCCCAACGCGGUGUCGAAUUUCAAGAUCUCGAAGGCUGUAAGGGAGACACUGAAGUCGAAGGGGAUUGAGUCGCUGUUUCCUAUUCAGGCCAUGACCUUCAAUAUGGUCCUCAAUGGUGCUGAUUUGGUGGGCCGGGCUCGCACUGGUCAGGGGAAAACAUUGGCCUUUGUUUUGCCCAUUUUGGAGUCUCUAACGAAUGGGCAUGCCAAGGAAUCAAGGAAGACAGGGUAUGGAAGGCCACCAAGUGUCUUGGUACUUCUACCCACAAGGGAGCUGGCAACACAGGUUCAUGCAGACUUCGAGGUUUAUGGUGGGGCAGUGGGAUUAUCUUGCUGUUGUCUAUAUGGAGGAGCUUCUUAUCGUCCUCAAGAGAUUGCCCUGAAAAGAGGGGUUGAUAUAGUUGUUGGAACCCCCGGGCGGAUAAAGGAUUUUUUAGAGAAGGGAACUAUCAACUUGAGCUCAUUAAAAUUCCGUGUCCUUGAUGAGGCUGAUGAAAUGCUGAGGAUGGGUUUCGUUGAUGAUGUUGAACUUAUUCUCGGUAAGGUUGAUGAUGUAAGCAAAGUCCAGACACUUCUCUUUAGUGCUACCUUACCUUCUUGGGUGAAAGAGAUCUCAUCAAGGUUUCUCAAACCCGAGAAGAAGACCAUUGAUCUUGUUGGUAAUGAGAAAAUGAAAGCUAGUACCAAUGUUAGGCAUAUUGCCCUUCCCUGCUCUCAUUCAGCAAGAUCCCAACUUAUUCCUGAUGUUAUUCGUUGUUAUAGCAGUGGAGGGCGUACUAUUAUUUUCACUGAGACAAAGAGUUCCUGCUCUGAACUUUCUGACUUGUUGCGUGGAUCACGGGCAUUGCAUGGGGACAUACAACAGUCCCAACGAGAAGUCACACUUGCUGGAUUCAGAUCAGGCAAGUUCAUGAUUUUAGUGGCAACAAAUGUUGCAGCACGUGGCUUGGACAUCAAUGAUGUGCAGUUGAUUAUUCAGUGUGAGCCCCCGCGAGAUGUAGAAGCUUACAUCCAUCGAUCUGGCCGCACAGGGAGAGCUGGCAAUACUGGAGUUGCUGUAUUAUUAUAUGAACCAAAGAAGUCAUAUGCCAUUUCUAAAUUGGAAAGAGAGUCAGGUGUAAAAUUUGAGCACGUCUCAGCUCCUCGGCCUGCUGAUAUUGCUAAGUCAGCUGGCUUAGAAGCAGCUGAAACAAUUUCCCAAGUCUCUGAUAGUGUGGUACCAGUUUUCAGAUCAACAGCAGAGGAACUUUUGAGUUCCUCUGGUCUAUCAGCGGUUGAUCUACUUGCAAAAGCACUGGCAAAAACAGCUGGUUAUACUGAAAUCAAGAAGAGAUCGCUGCUCAGUUCCUUGGAGAACCAUGUGACUCUACUUCUUGAGGCUGGAAAACCCAUCUACACACCAUCGUAUGCUCUCGGUGUGCUGAGGAGAUUCUUGCCAGAGGAAAAGAUUGACAGAAUUAAGGGUAUGUCUCUUACGGCUGAUGGCAGAGCUGCAGUGUUUGAUGUGCCAGCUGAAGAUGUUGACUUGAUUUUAGCAGGUCAACAAAAUGCAGACAUGGUGAGCAUUGAGGUUGCAAAUGAGCUGCCACCCCUUCAAGACAAGGAACAGUCAAGAGGGGGUAGUGGAUGGCGUUCAGGAAGGUUUGGCAGCGGUGGGGGUGGCGGCAGUGCUAAUAGAUUUUCUGGAGGGAGAGGUGGCAGGGGUGGCUUUCCUGAUAGAAGAACUGGUGGGUUUUCCAGUGGUGGUGGCAGAGGUGCUGGUGGCCGUGGCCGUAGGUGGUGAGUGGCUGUUGGAACGGGAGCAGAUUGGAUAGUAGGUGGUGAGUGGCCAACUGAAUGGGAACAGAUAGAUAUGGAAGGGUAUUUCGCAAUUUGAUAGAUUUAUGGUUUUAUGAGAAAACAAGAAUGGGAUAGACAAGCACAGUUUCUUCAUGAGAAAAGAAGAGCACUCGAGAAACACUAGUGGAAUUGCUGGAUGAUGUGGAGGUAGAGAGAUGGGAGGUGUCCUAUUGCCAAAGCUGUGACAAAUGAAGAGCUAGAAUUUGGUUGUCAUUUCUUACUUACUACUGAGUGAUGUCUACUUAAUUAUUUUUGUUUGAAUGGUUCACGUAACUUUUACAAUUUUGAAACAUGACAACUCCGAUAGUAUUUUUAUGGGACGAGAACCUGAAAUCUUACAAAUUUGUUUGGCGAACAUGAGCUAAUACAUGAUGUGUGUAUUUCUAUUGA